UGUGACUGUCAGUUUCACAACCUUGAUGCUACAGUAGGUGAAUAUUGGACACCCACACUUGGCAUAAUUACAAUAAGCUACAGGGCCUACCUGCAACAGACCAUGUAUAUUUGGAGGAACAGAGCUGAGAGCCUUGGGACGCAAUGGAAUAUGCAGCAGCUCUGUCUCUAAGUGAUGAAGUUUUAUCUCGGUGCCAGCUUUUGAAUACAGAAUUUUCAUUAUUGAGUACUCCAGUUGGAAUGCGAUUGAAGUGGUCAUGCCAAAAUGAGGAAAGGAAGGUUGUCAAGAUAUCAACCUGUCUUGUUGCAAAUAUGAAGACCUCUGGUCGACUGUAUCCCAUACAGCUGAAUGAAGAGAUGGAAGUCGGGAUAUUUGGAAGGAAAAGUGGAAUCAGUUCAGGACAGUUAUCUAAGUGUUGUGCUGCUGUUAUCAUUGCUCUUGAUACAGGGGCUCUGAUGGCUGCUCAUGUUAAAUUCCCUGGAACGUUAUCUAUUUUGUGUCAUCCUGAGGAAAGCGUUGUUUGGUCUGGAGUUUGUCAAAGGAAGGAUAUAAAUUUAAGAGUAAAAUGGGAAGAAGAUACUGUGCAUGCUAUAGUAAUUGCUGAUGAGAAGAUGAGUCUACAUGUACAGGACACUGAAGAUGUAAAUAAUGAUUUGGUUGAGGUAGUGCAAAGCUGCUUCAUUGAAGAGAUGACCAAUGUGUUGUCCAAUGUGUUGCAUGUUGUACUCAUCAAAUGUCAACCCAGUGGGUUAUGCUUAUUUAUGAACAUACAGGUUUUGGAGUUAAUGACAGAAACUCUAAUACAUAAAUCAAACUGCUACUUAGUCCUUCAGCUAUAUGCCACAAGUGUUGCAAUCACAGCAGGAAAAGACGACAGGUGUGCCAUUGUGGUUAUUAGUAAAGCUGGUAUUAUUUACAUAGGAUUGCCAAGAAGACGCCCAAAAGAUGUUCCAGUCAUCAAACCUAUUGAACACAGGAAAUGCAAUCUAUCAUGGCACGAGGAAAAGUUACAAAAUUCACCUCUAGCUUGCCAAAGUCAUGAUAAUGUAAUCCUUAUAUCUGAUGGGAUUUCUCUGUUGUUGAGUGUGGUUAAUUUUCUGAGUGACAGUAAAUCAAAACGCAUUGAUAAAGAAAAAUCCCCAAAGCCUCCAGAACCAGAACUUGCAUCAUCAGUCAAGGAAGUGUUAACUGGUAUACAGCAUUGUUCAGAGAUGGUGCAAGCAGAAGGAAGUCUUAUUCGUGAUCUGGAUAUCUACAUGAGUCAGUUAAGUUUAGCUGCUAGUCUUUUAGCUGAACCACAAAGGGAUAUUUUUUCUGGGACUGCAAAAAUAGAACAACAAUUAGAACAAAAGGGGUACUACAUGCCUGUUUGCCAAGUGUUGGCCAUGCUUGAGUGGUCAGAUUCAUCCUUGGUUCUUGCAGUGAAAGUUGCUAUUGAAAGACUGAUUACUGAAAAUGGUUCAGUUCCAUCUUCCAUUUCACUUUCUGCUGAUGUCUUUGAAGAAGCUCAGAAUUCCUGCCAGAUGUUAGAGUUUGAAUCUUCCAAAGCCAUAACGCAAGUUGCCAUGAACCAUAUGCAUAAAAUUGUCACUAAAACAUUGUGCAAUGUUCCACUUUGAUAUUGGUUAGGAAGAAGCAUAGGAAGAAUUAUUGGGCAAGGAAUCUGUGUGACAGGUUAUCUUAUUAUAAAAUUUAUGAAUUAAACAAGAAGAGAGAGUAAACCAAAGUCAUUAAAGUGAACUAUAAGGCCAGGCAGAGAAGAUAAAGUAAAAAAGGUGACAGUACAAUAAGUAAUGUAGAGACUGAGUGAGAAAUUGACUUAUGAGUAAUUUGAGAUACUUGUGAUAAAAACAAUAGUUUAAAAUAAUGAUUAAUUGUUUCCUUGAUGUUUAGACCAAUAUCAUUGAGAAUGAAUGCAAUUCAUUGAAUACCAGUGGUUACUUACCAACUGUUACCUGUGUGGGACCAAGACCUGUAAUGCUCAGUAUCAGGGAACUGUCUUGAGUAACUGUGUGCUACGAUGCCAUAUAAGACAUGGCUGCUGUAACUUUAUAAUGCUUAUGUGAUUUCCACUUUGUAUUUAAUGACUAAUGUUCUUGGAGAAGAUUGUUGUUGUCUUUUCUUGUUUAUAUUGUUAUUUAUCCAUUUUUAAUUUUGGUAUUUUGACAUUUCAUGUCAGUUUAUGAUACCAAAUGCUGUCAUUAAGCAGGUUCAUCAUGAAAUUAAGGAGAGACACACAUUAGUAAAAAAAAGUAUUUUUUAAUGAAGAAUCAGGACAAAGACCAGUAGAAUUAAGUAGAAUGUUAUUGAGAUAGGUUGUAGAUAAAGAGUGGCCAAGAUGGUAAUUUGGUUAGGAAAUGGAAAGUACAGAAGAAAGCAGAGAGAACUUACUAAUUAAAUGUCUAACCCCAUCAAGGGAAAACAUUAUGUAAAAACAUGGAAGAGGACAAUAACAGGGUGUACACUCAAGAAUUACAUAAUCACCAUAAGUUAAAUAUAACUUGAAAGGCAGCAAAUAGUAAUAUUGGCCCUCAGUUUAACUAAAUUCAAUAUGGGGCAGCAGUUUGAGUGUGGAAUUUCUUAUAAAUGGAUGGUUUCAUUGAAACUAAAGCUGUAUGGGAGUUGAAAUGAAAUUUGUGUAUAUUUUUCCAAAUAAAGGACUGAGAAGAAAAAAUUAACUUAUAG